AUGUUGGUUGGAUCUCUUGGUCAAUUUCCUCAAGCUAAUGCUGGAAAUCGGAAUGGUGAUGAUGAUGAGUAUCGUGCUUUGGGGAAGUUUCAGAAGAACAAUCCUCCUACCUUUGAGGGAGAGCAUGAACCGGAUAAGGCUCAAGCUUGGUUGAAAGCGAUUGAGAAGAUCUUUCGAGUUAUGAAUUGCACUGAUGCUCAGAGAUUUGUUAAUGGUUUGAGACCUGAUAUCAAGAAGGCGGUUGGUUAUCAACAGAUUUCUCGUUUUGCGGAGUUGAUUAACAAGAACCGGAUUUAUGAUGAGUAUAGUAGGGAGAAUGCUUCUCACUACAAGGCUAUCAUUGAGAAGAAAGGACAAUAUCAUGAGAAACUGUAUGAUAAUAAGAAGAAAACUGGUUUUGGUGGAAAGCCAAGUGGGGAAGGAUCUAGUGCUCAGAUCAAGUGCUUUAAGUGUGAUGUUGAAGGACAUCACGCUGAUGAAUGCAACAAGAGUUCGGUUAAGUGUUUCGAGUGUGAUGAUCACACUGAAUCGCACUAUGUUUCUGGCUCGAAUAUCACAUGUUUUCCUUAG